AUGCUAUCAUGCUCCGUCUGUAUGCAAUUUCUUGCCUUAUCACAAACAUUCAGACAUAUUUGGAAGUUGUUUGUUUUGCCUUUUUCUGUUUUUUUUAAUAAGCGUUUGAUCAGAGAAGUGUUUGAUCGCAGACAAGCUUCGUCAACAACAGGGCGUGGAACCAAUGGCAAAAAGCACGUUCAAGGAAGAGCAUGACCUAGAGAAGAGAAGUGCAGAGGCUGCUCGGAUUAGAGAGAAAUAUUCAGAUAGGAUUCCGGUGAUUGUUGAGAAGGCUGAGAAGAGUGAUAUACCAACCAUCGACAAGAAAAAAUACCUAGUCCCUGCUGAUUUGACAGUGGGACAAUUCGUGUAUGUCAUUCGCAAAAGAAUCAAACUCAGUUCAGAAAAGGCCAUCUUUAUAUUUGUCGACAAUGUCCUUCCUCCAACAGGUGCUCUUAUGUCUGCUGUGUAUGAAGAGAAAAAGGAUGAUGAUGGGUUCCUCUAUGUCACUUACAGCGGAGAAAACACAUUUGGAUCAACAUAGAUCUCUUGCUCUAUAUUUCAUCUCCUUAUUUGAUUUUCUAAGCAAACAGCCUAUGUACUUCUCUAAGAACUGUCGGUUGGGCGUUAAUGUGUACAAAAAAAACAUAAAAUCACGUAUAUAAUAUGCUCUCUCGUAUUCCCCUU